AAAAACCAUGAAAUUCAUUCGCGGCGUUCUUUUCCCUCUCUCAGCCGCAUUUUCGUCUUCCUUCCCAAAUCACAAGCUCCUCACCGCCCCGCCGUUCUGCUCCAGUUCAAUUAUCGCAGCCACCUCCUCUGUACUUUGUUCAUUUUCAUCAUUCAAGGGGUAGCAAAAGAUUGAGGGCAAAGAAAAAACAGUUAACGGCAGAUCUCCUUGUUCUUCUAAUGGGAUGGAGAUCAUUCUCUUACAAUACUCUUUUUUCAUCUCUUAAUAGGGUUGCAAAACCAUAUUGGCAAUGGCAACCUCUCUCACAAAGGUCAACACUAUAUUAUAUUUCAGGUCCAAUUGUACCGCGAAAUUGUUGUAGUAGUGAUUCUCUGCUGAAUUUUCAAGCAUUGAGAUCAUAUGCUCGUGGUGCACGAAAGUCCUAUGAUCUUUUUGGCAGUAGAAGUCCGGGGGAUGACGACUUCAAGAAAACCUGGGCAAAGGAGAUGGAUGAAGACAACACUCUCUGGACAGGAAGCGAGGAUGAAAGCGAUGAAGACAAGGACUCAAAUAGCCGUCUUCAUAAAGAUAUUAGAAAAGCAAGACAGGAAGCUAAGAAACAUGCGGACCUGGUUGAUGCAGAUGACAGUGACGAGUUAAAAAGUGUUUGGUCUGGUAGUGACGAGGAAAAGACACUGUGGACCGGAGAUGAAAUGGACAGUGACGAUGAUGUUCCUACAGAAGCUUACCCAAAUGAAAGAAGUGAUAAGCACUUAGAUAAGAUUUUCGAGUUUGAUGAAAUGCCGAAAUACAGAACCAUCUCUGAGCUUUUGAAAGCCGAACAAGAACCGGAAGAGUUGUCGCCGGGAAAGCAAGCUAGGAAGAUCGCGGUUGAGAAUGCUUUGAAGAAAUUAAAGAAAGGUCCAGAUGGGAGGUAUACUAAUACAUGGGAAGUUAUGAGUGAUUUAGAUAUUCUAAUUGGCGCAUUUGAAAACGUUGUUUCGGGACCCGAGUACGAAGAGCUUAGACAAGGAGGGCCUAAACAGCUAAAUAUUCAGUUUUUUAAGGACAUACAAGCGAGAAUGAGAGAUCCGAAUUACAAAUUCUCGCCUGAGUUAAAAUUGAAACCGAAGAGUAAACUUGUUACUAGAAAGAAAUGGCAAAAGACAGAGUCUAGAAAGAGGAAAGCACAGAGGAGGUAAAGUUUUUUUUUAGACUUGUUGUCUCAAAAUGGAAUCAGAAGUUGGGGCUUGUAAAGUUGGGACUAGUUGUAAUAAGAUCGAGCACAUGUAUUUGAUUAUCCUCAUUAAGCUAUUUAAAAAAUAAUUGACUUUGGAAAUUUAAUUAUACCAUGUU